AUGUCUUCCUCGCUCUUGGACCAGGCCACGCGCAUUGCACGCGACUUUGAUUACCCCGCUGAGCAGGUGCAGCGCGGGGUUGCCGAGUACAUCAAGCAGUCCAAAGAGGGCUUGGGAAAGGAGGGCACCACCUUGAGCCAAAUCCCUACCUUCGUGACUGCAGUUCCAAAUGGCACAGAGAAGGGUCUCUACCUGGCCGUCGAUCUCGGUGGCACCAAUUUCCGUGUGUGCUCGGUCCUCCUGCACGGUGAUACGACAUUUUCCCUCACCCAAUCCAAGAUCCUAAUUCCCCGCGAGUUGAUGGCCUCCGGUACCUCCAAGGAUCUCUUCCUCUUCUUGGCCCGUCAGAUCGAGUCCUUCCUGCGCAUUCACCAUAACGAGCACUUUGAAGCCCACCAGCUCCGCCGACGGGAGAAUAGCGCCGAGGAGGACCUCUUUGAUCUCGGCUUCACCUUCAGUUUCCCCGUGCGCCAGUGCGGUAUCAACCGCGGAACACUGAUCCGCUGGACCAAGGGCUUCAACAUCCCCGAUGCGGUGGGCCACGAUGUCUGUGCGCUGCUGCAGUCUGCUAUUGACGAGUUGAACCUGCCAGUGCGCGUGGCCGCACUGGUGAACGAUACCGUUGGUACUCUGAUGGCUCGCUCAUACACCUCUCCCGGCAAGACGGGCACUUUCCUCGGUGCUAUUUUCGGAACCGGAACCAAUGGCGCUUAUGUCGAGAAAGUCAAGAACAUUACCAAGCUUCAGCACAUGGAGGACGCUCACAUUGAUGACUCUACGGGUGAGAUGAUUGUCAAUGCCGAGUGGGGUAGCUUUGAUAACCACAUGAGCGUGCUCCCUACCACCGUGUUCGACGAUGAGCUCGAUGCCGAUAGCAAUAACCCCGGUGUGCAGAUGUUCGAGAAGCGUGUGUCGGGCAUGUUCUUGGGCGAAAUCCUGCGCCGUGCGCUUUUGUCUCUACACCACGAUGCCAAUCUAGGAUUAUUCAAGCCUAAUGAGAACUCUAAGGUCGUCCUUUCCGAGAAGUCUAUGAUCUUCCGUCAAUGGGGUCUUGAUACCAGUCUGCUGAGCACAGUCGAGGCUGAUAGCACCAAGGAAUUGGUGGACGUGAAGACCGCUUUGAAGGACCACCUUGAGAUUGAAAACCCCAGCCUCGAAGAGUGCCAGGCUGUUAAGAUUUUGGUCCACGCUAUUGGCAAGCGUGCCGCCCGUCUGAGCGCCGUUCCAUUGGCUGCCAUUCUCGUGCACACCAACAAGCUUGAGACCGAUGAUAUCGUUGACAUUGGUGUCGAUGGCAGUCUCGUUGAGUUCUAUCCCAACUUUGAGGGUCAUUUGCGUGAUGCUUUGCGCGAGGUUCCCCAAGUUGGUGUCGCAGGCGACAAGAAGGUCCGCAUUGGCAUUUCCAAGGAUGGCAGCGGUGUCGGUGCAGCUUUGAUUGCGCUCGUCGCUAGCAAGGACGAGAGCCUCGAGGUUCCCCACGAGAAAUAA